AUGAGCAGCGUGCGUCUAUUUUUUGCAUUAUCAAGCUUGAUUGGACUGCGACUGACUCAUGGCGACGUUCCUAAUGCCUACAUGAAAGGUUUACUGCACGAACUCAUCUACAUGAAGUCACCCAGGGAGCUGGGCGUCGAGGCGGGCAAGGUACUCAAGCUGCUAAAGCCAUUGUAUGGACUUAAACAGUCGGUUCGCUGCUGGAAUGGGACAAUGAACGAGAACAUCAUCACACUUGGUUUUAUCAAUUCAAGACUCGACCCGUGCAUCUACUACAAGCGCGGAAAAAAGGAGCGGGUGAUGUUCCUUGGACUUUACGUGGAUGAUGUGCUGAUCGCGUUUCAUGACGAGGAGGAGCUGCACGAUGUUACACUGAAUCUGGAAGAGCGCUACAGCAUCAAGAUGCUCGGGCCAGUGAAGAAAUUUCUUGGUAUCGCAGUGCACGAGACCUCGCGAAGUAAUUAUCUCAGCAGAGCAUGA